AUGCGUUACACUCAACUAUAUGGUAUCUCACUCUGUGUCGUGCUGGGAAUCUUCGGGCUUGUCUGUGUUGCACUAGGGUCUCCUAUCCAAAACCCUUCUUCCCUUCAGGUCGAGACUGCAAAGUCAAGCACUUCGCCCAAUGUCAUUGUGCAGUUCCACGGUACACAACCUGUGGACGAAGGUGUCAUGCAGAUCGCUCGAGUAAACGUACAAACUCUGUUACACCUCUCCGCGAGGAAAAUCUCCGGUACUCCAGAUUUAACCGUUCACGAGUGGCGAGGGAAUCCGCAAGUUUCUGCGGAAGAUAAGCACGUAACUUUUCUCGUUAUAGUGACAGAGUUGGGGAAAGAGGACUCCCGGGGCUACACAGGAUACUACACAUACACGGGAGUGCCGAGACCAUAUCAGCUUAAUGAUAUGAAGUGGAUAGAGCGUGUCAUGACCGCAAAGUUGAUUGAUCCACACGGAAACACAGUUCUUGAACUUCCUUACGCCGGGACUUCCCAAGAGGUAGUACUUGCCAAAAAGUACAAAGAUACUUCUAGCAAAGGAUCGAUGUAG